AUGAUUAUGAAAAGAAUCCACGUGGCGUGCCGCCUAUUCUCAACAGCUUCAACGUCGGCUAGUUUGGAGAAAACGCCCACCCAACCACUCCAAAAAUGUCUCCAACUGGCUGUAAUCGGUGCUCCGAACGUCGGAAAAUCACUGCUCACAAAUUCAUUAGUCAGAUGUCCGCUCUCAGCGGUUAGCAGUAAAAUGGACACGACGACGAGGAACAUCUCCGCCUCAAUCUGCACUGAUUCCACACAACUCGUGUUCGUUGACUCACCGGGAGCCGUCAGCACCUCCCACGUCCGUCAAACGAUGAAGAAGACGUCGGCGACAAGCGGUGAUCGUGUACUUCAGGACCCCGAAAGAGCCCUACAGAGAGCUCAACACAUUCUAGUCGUACAGGAUGCGACAGCUCCUGGAGCAUAUAUUCAUCAUCGAGUUCUUCAUAUGUUACAUAGAUAUUCACAUGUGCCCAGCACUUUAGUUAUGAAUAAGAUUGAUUUGGUGAUGAGGAGAACGGAUUUGUUGCCGUUGGUUGAGAUUCUCACAAAUGGCCAGCUAUCAGACAACCAACAAAUCUCCACAAAACCCGCCCAAAUCGGUCGUCUCGGCAAAUCCCUCACAACAACUCCAUUUCUCGUUCAAAACUCCCAGAAUCCUCCAGAAUCCGACGAGAAAUGGAAAAGUCAAUUUCGAGAGCUCAUCCAGAAACCCACGUGGAAAUGCAGCUACUCGGAGACGCGCUCGUUGUUCCGAACGAUUUGUGGAUGGUCUGGAUUCGAGCGAGUUUUCUUUGUGAGCUCGUUGAAUGGAGAGGGUAUCGAUGAGUUGAGACAACAUUUGAUGAGUAUUUCACCGGAUGGAGAAUGGAAAAUGAAUGAGGGAAUGCCGACAGGAGAGUCCGCCCAACAACUCACCAUCGACUCGAUCCGCGCCGCCGUUCUCGACACCACCCCGUCCGACGUCGCCUACUCAGUACAAAUCCGAAUUUCCGAGUGGGAAGAACAGGGAGAAGUCCUCCAAAUCGUCGGCGAGAUUCGGUGUCAGAAGCCUCGCGAUGGCACACUUAUCAUUGGGAAAGGAGGAAAACGAAUCUCGGAAAUUGGUCGGAGAGUCAACGAGCAUCUGCAUUCUCUGUUUCAGCGACAGCUGUAUGCGAGACUAAUUGUUACUUGUAAUGGAAAACUUAUUACUCAGAAAAAAUAG